UCCGGGUUGGCAGUGAAUGGGGGAAGUACGGGUGCUGCAGAAUUUGUGGGCUGUCAAUGGGAUUUGCAAGCACAUCCGGAAAGAUACUAGGAGCUCUGUGGGCCUGUGUGUGAAUUCUUGGUGGCCGCGGGACAAUACUUGUGCUCGCCAUCACAUCGGCUUGUACUGGACUUAUGGGACUUGCACACGUCACCAAGUCAUACUGCAGGGCUGAUAUGUGAAAGACCAGGAUGUACUAGACGCUGGUGCUCGCCAGUUCACCAAAAGGUAGCGCAUAUAGGCACUAGUACUGGCACUCUGCUGCAUAUGAGAGUCCUCA